AGACCUGAUACAGAAGGCAAAAUGAGGAUUACUGUGUAAAAGAAUCCUGCAAAAUUGGAAAUCCCCUGCCUGGUGAAAAGGAAAGAAUCCCUGAAGUUUCCCAACAAUUCCUGAAACCAAAAACAACUAACAAAACCAAUACUAGCUCUCUUUAUUCCUUCCACACUCUGUUAUUUUUUUCAUUUCCUUCAUCAAUGGCAGAACAGAGGCAGUUUCGCUUCCGCCUUCCUUGGCUGUCUGCCUCCGCGACUCCACCUCGUGUCACGACCCCACCCCGUCCUGUGCCUGAACCGGAAGCUCCACGUCCGACACCAGUGGAAAUCCGAGCCCCGCCACAACCUACCGCCUCCAUUUCCACCCAACGCUCACCUUUCCGGCCAGCAGGAAUUGCUCCUCCACCACCGGCAGCAGCACCACAAGCUCAGCGGUCUUUGUCUCCACGUCAGACGACCACUGAAACUCGGCCAGCGUCUCCUGUCAGAACACAGCAUCAGGGUAGCUCCGUCCCACCGUCGCCUUCCCCUUCAGCGGCAGCAGAAUCCAAGGUUGCCUCGCUUCCUUCUCCAUCGAAGAAACCCCAAUUAUCCAUUUCUGUUGAAGAACCGAAGCCCGCGGAGCAUCAAUCAAGGGAGGAAAUGAUUGCCCCAAAGACACAGAAUUGGGGAGCAGAGCCUCAGCAGAAAGCAACUUCAGAAGUAAAAAAGCCAGAGCCAGCAGCCCACAUUAAAAGUCCUGCUCGUUUCUCCCCAUUCUCCAGAGCAUCAGAGGAACGCAAGCAGAAUAUCAGAACAGAGGGGGAAAGCGAUGCCCCUUCUUCGGAAGACAACAGCCUGAGAAACAGAGUCGCCGCAUUUCUUUCCUCUAAUGCAAAUGCAACACAGGCCAGAGAUCCCGUGAAACAAGGUCAGGAGGAGAAAGAAGAGACCGGAGAAAGGAAGAAGCCAGUGACAGAGAAGGUCGAAGGAGUAAGUUCUAGUCAAUCUAGGGUCAGGAAGAGUGCAACAACCGCCAAUGGAGGAGAGCAAGUUCCACUGCACAAAGAGAUCAAAGAGGAUAUCUCGAAGCUCGUCCAGAAGCUCGGCAUGGGAAACAUGAAGCAUCCAAUGGGUGGGGAACAACGACCAGUCAGCAUCGUCACUCUGGCCGGAGAAAACAUGGGAGCUACCAUUCUUUUAGGAGGUGAUCCAGAGAGGAAAGGCGGCUCGCUCCACAUUCACCGCGGGUACAAGACAAAUCCAGAUGACAGGAUAGAAUCUACCACCGAUGGCGAAGGAGUGAACGAAAGAGCAUCACCAAUGGCAUACAUCAACAGCAACACACAGAGCAUCAACAAUUCGAUCCUGCUAGAUAGCAUGGUGAACGAAAGAGACCCAGGAGUUCACUUUUCUCUAUCUCGCAGUAAUCAACCAGAACUCAACAGAUCAGCCAUUGACGAAGAGGCUCAGACGCGCAGAGCAGAGUUCAAUCCUACACCAUCCGAGAAGCUUACAUACGAACCUCGAUUGAGAAGAAGGUGCUUAAGAGGAUUGUUCAUGGAAACGAGUGAUUCUGAACCGGACAAUCCUGAUAAACCAAGGAGACAUGGCUGCAGAGCUUAUGGCUUUGGUCAAACCAGCAAACACUAAGACGUUGGAGUUCUGUAAACUAUCAUUACAAAGCUAAGGGGAGAAAUAAGGAUGCACAGUUCAU